GCUGUGUGCAGAAUGAGCGCUCCUGCUCUGGCCUUUCAUGUCUGAGCUGGGUAGCUAUGAGGUUUUCUAUAGAUAGAGCCUGGCAAUGACAGAAACUGCUGCUUAGAGCGGGGCAAAGUGACCUCUGCAAGUGUUGCCUUUUGGUAAAAAAAAAAAAAAAAGAACAAAAAAAGAGGGUUUAAAAGAGGAAUGGAGGAAUGCAUGUCUUGUGCAGAGACUGUCAUCAAAGAGGGGAUGCUGAUGAAACAAACCAGCUCCUUCCAGCGCUGGAAGAGACGAUACUUUAAGCUGCGAGGACGAACACUCUACUACGCAAAAACUGCUAAGUCCAUUAUUUUUGAUGAGGUGGAUCUGACAGAUGCCAGCGUAGCAGAGUCCAGCACAAAGAAUGUCAACAACAGCUUCACGAUUAUCACUCCAUGUCGGAAGCUCAUCCUUUGUGCUGAUAACAGAAAAGAGAUGGAAGAUUGGAUUGCAGCACUGAAAACUGUACAAAACCGUGAACAUUUUGAGUCUACCCAGUACAGCAUGGACCAUUUCUCAGGGAUGCAUAACUGGUACGCCUGCUCCCAUGCCCGGCCAACGUACUGCAACGUGUGUCGGGAGGCCUUGUCUGGGGUCACAUCACAUGGGCUGUCCUGUGAAGUGUGCAAGUUUAAAGCCCACAAGCGCUGUGCUGUGCGGGCAACCAACAACUGCAAGUGGACAACUCUGGCCUCUAUUGGGAAGGAUAUCAUUGAGGAUGAAGAUGGGAUCUCAAUGCCACAUCAGUGGCUGGAAGGAAACCUGCCUGUGAGUGCCAAAUGCACCGUGUGUGAUAAAACCUGUGGCAGUGUCCUGCGUUUGCAAGACUGGCGCUGCCUAUGGUGCAAAGCCAUGGUACACACAGCAUGUAAAGAGUUGUUGCCAAACAAGUGCCCUCUAGGGCUCUGCAAAGUGUCUGUCAUUCCUCCUACUGCUCUUAACAGCAUUGAUUCAGAUGGUUUCUGGAAAGCUACUUGUCCACCGUCUUGCACAAGCCCUUUGUUGGUCUUUGUCAACUCAAAAAGUGGAGACAACCAAGGCGUAAAAUUUCUACGAAGAUUCAAACAGCUGCUGAAUCCAGCCCAGGUCUUUGACCUCAUGAAUGGAGGACCUCAUCUUGGUUUACGCUUAUUCCAGAAAUUUGACACUUUCCGGAUUCUAGUUUGUGGUGGGGACGGAAGUGUUGGCUGGGUUCUCUCUGAAAUUGAUAGCCUCAACCUUCACAAGCAGUGUCAGCUGGGAGUGCUGCCCUUGGGAACAGGGAAUGACCUUGCCCGUGUUUUAGGCUGGGGUUCUGCUUGUGAUGAUGAUACCCAGCUCCCGCAGAUCCUGGAGAAGCUGGAGAGGGCCAGUACCAAAAUGCUGGACAGGUGGAGCAUCAUGGUGUAUGAAACCAAACUCCCUCGCCAGGCCUCCACUUCCACAGUCACUGAAGACUGCAGUGAGAAUUCAGAGGUGCAGAAGAUUCUCUGCUAUGAAGAUUCUGUGGCUGCUCAUUUGUCCAAAAUUUUGACUUCUGAUCAACAUUCAGUGGUGAUCUCCUCAGCCAAGGUGCUUUGUGAGACAGUGAAGGAUUUUGUGGCUCGAGUAGGGAAAGCCUAUGAGAAGGCAACAGAAAGCUCAGAGGAGUCAGAGGUCAUGGCCAGGAAGUGCUCUGUCCUGAAGGAGAAGCUGGACUCAUUACUGAAGACACUGAAUGAUGAAGCUCAAGCGUCUUCCUCUCUGCCCAACCCUCCUCCCACCAUUGCAGAGGAGACAGAGGAUGGGGAUGGGUCGGGCAGUGCUGGUGACUCUUCGAGUGAGCUGUCGGUGGGCUCAGCAUGCACUGCACGGCCCCAGAUAUUCCGUCCCCGAGAGCAGCUCAUGCUGAGAGCCAACAGCUUGAAAAAAGCCAUUCGCCAGAUAAUAGAGCAUGCAGAGAAAGCUGUAGAUGAGCAGAAUGCCCAGACCCAGGAGCAAGAGGGCUUCCUCCUUAGUCUCUCAGCCUCUGAGGAGGGCAAGGAGCUGAGGAAUGAGGGUAAGAUUUCCGUGCAGUCAUCACACAGCAGCAGCUAUGGAGUGUCCAAGGGGAGGAGCCAGAGGAAAGCCUCCAAGUCUCCUUGUGAAAGACUAAUAAACAAAGGAAGUUUGUCACUGGGCAGCUCUGCAUCCCUUCCUCCCCAGACAGGAAGCCGGGACAACUUGCCAAUGCUGAACACAAAAAUUCUCUACCCAAAUAUCCGGGCUGGCAUGUCAGGUUCUUUGCCUGGGAGCUCUGUCAUCAGCAGAUUGUUGAUCCAUGCUGAUCCCUUUAACUCUGAGCCUGAAAAUCUUGAAUGUUACACAGAGAAAUGUGUCAUGAAUAAUUACUUUGGAAUUGGACUGGAUGCAAAGAUUUCUUUGGACUUCAACAACAAACGUGAUGAGCACCCAGAGAAAUGCAGAAGUCGUACUAAGAACAUGAUGUGGUAUGGAGUAUUGGGGACCAAGGAGCUGCUGCACAGAACAUAUAAAAACCUGGAGCAGAAGGUCUUGCUGGAGUGCGAUGGGAGGCCAAUCCCUCUGCCCAGUCUUCAGGGGAUUGCUGUACUCAACAUUCCCAGCUAUGCAGGAGGCACCAACUUCUGGGGGGGAACCAAGGAAGAUGAUACAUUUACAGCCCCUUCCUUCGAUGACAAGAUUUUGGAGGUGGUAGCCGUGUUUGGUAGCAUGCAGAUGGCAGUGUCACGUGUGAUAAACCUACAGCAUCACCGGAUUGCACAGUGUCGGACAGUAAAGAUAGCAAUCCUUGGAGAAGAGGGAGUUCCUGUGCAAGUGGAUGGAGAAGCCUGGAUCCAGCCUCCAGGUUACAUUUGGAUUGUUCAUAAGAACAGGGCACAGACCCUCACCCGAGACAGGGCGUUUGAGAGCACCCUGAAGUCUUGGGAGGACAAACAGAAGUGUGAGUUGUCACGACCCUCCUCUUUCUCUCUGCAACCAGAGAUCAUGUCUGAAGAAGAAUCCACCCAGAUCAUCCAGUUUGGUCAAGCUGCAGGUGCUCUGAUCCACAGCAUUCGGGAAAUAGCACAGUCCUAUCAGGACAUGGAACAGGAGCUUGCCCAUGCUGUCAAUGCCAGCUCCAAGUCUAUGGACAAAGUCUACGCUAAAUCCAAGUCUACAGAGGGUCUGAACUGCAGCCUUGUUGUAGAGAUGGUGAAUAAUGUCAAAGCCCUGCACAAUGAGACAGAGCUGCUGUUGGCAGGCAAGAUGGCACUGCAAUUAGAUCCUCCACAGAAGGAGCAGCUCCAGGCAGCCCUGGCAGACAUGGACCUCCAGCUGAGGAAACUGGCAGACAUCCCUUGGCUGUGGCAGCUUAUGGAGCCCUGUGAUGAGGAGAACCAGAUGCUGGAUUAUUCUAAACGCAGCCGCAGUGGCAAAUUCCGCCUGGUGACCAAGUUUAAAAAGGAGAAGAACAACAAAAAUAAGGAGACUCACAGUAGCAUGGGAUUGCCGGUUCACCUCUGGGGAACGGAGGAGGUUGCGGCGUGGCUUGAGCACCUCAGUCUUUGUGAGUAUAAGGAUAUCUUCAUCCGGCAUGACGUCCGGGGCUCUGAGCUCCUGCACCUUGAACGGAGGGACCUCAAGGACCUGGGUGUGACCAAAGUGGGUCACAUGAAGAGGAUACUGCACGGGAUCAAGGAGCUGAGCCGGAAUACUCCUGCCAGCGAGGCUUAGCCUCUGUUUUCACUGCCUGUGUCUACCAUUCUCCCUAACUGCACAGCAGUCACCUCACAAAGCAGAUGUGCUCACAACUAUCUCUGCUGAACAGCCAAAUUUUAGCUGUUCAGAGCUCAUAUCAACCAAGCAUGGUGCUACUUUUUUCCUGUGGGGUAUGGCUGCAUCCAGUGGAGAAGUGUUUCCUCUGCAGUUGGCAGAGCCUCCUGGAGAGAACUCACUUGCUGUUUGAAGAGCCAUGUCCUGUGUCGUGGGAAGUUCUGGUUCCAGGGACAGUGCAGGACUCAUGAGAACUGCAACACAGAUACCUUUACUGGAUAUCUUCAUCACAGUAGAAUAAUUCAGGGCAAAAGAUAUAUUGGCCAGUCUUAGUUCAGAAGUAUCUGACAGUCUUUUCAGACCCAAAACUUUCCUGCUCAGCUGUAUGUCACAUCUGUAUUUAGCAUAUUUGAGUGGGAUAAAGCCUCUCCUUGCAUCUUACUAAUCCCUUUUUAAUGCAUCUGUAGUUGUGUGCAAUUUGCAUCUGAAAUUCAAAGCCAGUUCAGACCUCUUCUGAUGAACAUCCAUUGAUUCUCAUUCACUCAUGCUUUUGCAACAAACAGUUCAUGUACUUCAGACAGGGUUUGGAACAACUGGUGGGGCCUUCUGCUGGGCCUGCUCUCCUCUUCCAGCCAGGGGUAGUAGUGCAACCUUUAGGUUUUCACCACAAAAAAGUGUGGUGCUGAAUCAUCAUAGACAAUUGUUCAGAAAUUCCUGGUAGUAAGAAAAGAAAAUUCUGGAGAGCCAGAUGGUUACAGGAGAUCAGCUCUGACAUUCCUUCUUCUGAAUUCAUCUUUGGAAAACUAGAUAAAAGGGAGAGGAAAGCUAAUGAGCUGUUUGGGCUGCACAAGAAGGGAGAUAGAGGACAAAUUGCUUCAUCUUGGGGGAAAGAGCAGCAUGACUGGUAAUGGCCAGAUGUAGCUUCCUGCCUGCUUAGUGCCACUUCUGUGGCCACAAACACAAGAGCUGUUUCUUUACUUCAGCUUGCAGUGGUUUUAGUAGCUUUUCCACCUUGCUUCUCUUUCUUGCUGCCUUGCUCCUUCACUCCAGGGUGAUACAAAAGAUUAGAGUAGCUCAGUUCUCCUGGGCUGUACCCCUAAGGGAGAGAUUCCUUAUGCUGUCAAACACUGGGGCUCCUGUAAGAGCACUGAGAGGAUUGUUACCAAGCAAACAAGCAUCAUAAUGAAAGCUGGAAUAUGUUGAUAAAUUGCCUUUGGUACCAGCAACAGUGGAAAAAUUAGUGCAUCUGAAUCAGUUUCUAGAUGGCCGACCCCAGUUAGGUGGCUGUUAAAGCCCAAGACUAGCAUGCAUAAUUAUAUCACCAUCUUUAUCACUGCAAAGGGAAUUCAGCAACAGUCAGUGCUGUAAAACUUGAGAGACAGCAGAAAUUUUUAGUUACUCUGUCAUUUUCUGUGUAUUUUUUUUUUUUUAAUUAGUACAGAGUGGCACCUGUCUGACUAUGGCUGCCAACAGAAAAGCCCACAUACACAGUGGCAUAGAAGAUAAUUUGCUGAGGACAUCAUUCUUCUUUUUUACUUGUAAGGAUUUUUGUCAGAUUGAUAUCACUUCUCUAGUCUAAUAACAACCAGUCAAGUUACUUUAUGUCAAAGGUUUGUCAGCUUAUGAAGGCUCUGAGCUGAUUCCAUUUCAGCUGGGAAAACUCCAUUGAAUUCCCUAGUAUUUCAUCAAGGGUUAUUCUGACUCUCUCUGUCCAUUUUAACCAGAUACAUUCACCCAUGUGUCUCCUGUCAGCCUGGUGAGUGGCAGGGUUUGCUCAUGUGAGAAGGUAAAAGAAGACUAAAAGUGUUUGGUCCAGCUAGAAACACUUACGGUAUAAAUACUGUGGGGCCUGAGCAGGAAAUAUGUCCAGCCUUGCCCUGGAUGUGUUUCUCCAAUAUAUACAUUGGCAAUUGCUUCCAUAGCUGUAUUUUUUAUUUAUCAGUAAAGACUCCCUCUAACUAUAUUGAAUUCCUGAGGCAUCAGGUAAGUAAGAAUUGCAAACAUACUGUAUUGUCCCACUUGAUUGUUGAGGCACAGAGCAGUGUGUGGAUGAAAAUGAGGAGAAACCUUCCUAGGAGAGCCCCAGGAUGCAUCCAUCCUCAGUGGUGGUGUGCAGUAACCUCACAGUGUGUGCAUCCCACUGUCUAUCCCAGAGUUGUGCAUGUUUGGGACAUCCAUGUGCCUUGCCAGGAGAGUGCAGCAGGGGCUGAGGCAGGUGAUAACUCUGGAGAAGAGGUGAGAUCUGUAUUUGUUCCUAUAUGUAGUGAAGGAAAUGUUCUAUGAGCUUUCCCCAGGCAUCCUCGUGGUUAAAAAUGUAUAAACAAUAAGUGCUUGCCUUGCAUAAUCCUUGAGGGAUUAAAUUCUUGCUUCCAUAGAAACAGCUCCUCUCUUCCUGCCCAGAGCAACAGAGGAAUCCAAAGAGUUUUUACAUUCAGGUGUGUUCCUUAAUCCAUGCCAUAUCUAUCAAGACCUGAUGGCCAUUAGCCAUCUGCAUGAGUGAUGAGGCCUGCACAGACCCAUCUUCAUUUCUUUUGCUUAUAUGAUGUGUGUGUCAAUGCCUUCAUAUCCUUUUUGUGCACAUGCACAUUUAUCAAAGGGUUGACAGCCACUAUAUUCCUGUCUGUUACUUAUCAGAGGCAGGGAGGGAGUUCUGCCUUCUUUUAAGAGCUAGAAAACAGGAUCUUCAUUUAACCUGAGUGCCUUUGAAUAUUUAUUAAGGUAUAGAUCUAAAAAGCCCCAAAGGAUUGUAGUUCUGUGUGUCUCACGGGGAAUAGUGAAGAUUUCUGUUGUCAGGAUUUUUGUGAAUAGAUGAAGACGGUUUGUCAUGAACAUCAGUGAGCACUAUCUGCAAAGUAGGAAGCCAGGUAGAACUCCUGGCUACAUUAUUCUAGGUUUCUCUUCUGACAAGUGAUAAUUUUUUGUGGGAGAGAAACUCAGGAAAGACUAUUAGUAAAAAAUUUGCUGCUUUGCAAAAAAGAGACUGUCCAGCAGUCUCAGGGACGCCACCCUGAGAGAAGCUAGAACUGUCACAUAUCACACAGGUGUUUACUCCCUGAAGUGAUGCAACUCCUAUGAAAGCCAUGUGGCACUUUCUGUUCUCAUCCCUCACCCCUGGCAGUGGCUGCAGUUUCUUCUGCUUGGAAGAGGCUUCAGUCUGUUCUCUCACAUUCUGGCACCAUCCUGGAUAUUUAAUGGCAGAUUCUGGGGAAUGAUGGUUGGGGCUAAGUGCGAUUGCAUGCAGUGGAGACUGGAGGGAGGUUUGGCUGUUGGCAGUGCCCUGCCCUGGGCUGCCCUCGGGAGGGCUGGUGCAGCCUCUGUGUUGUAGCCUGUGGGACAUUGGCAGGAGCUGGAAUGGUGGCCAAGGGGAGCUGUGCCACUGGGUCCCUGCAGGUGCUGGCCUGGCAUCUGGGAGCCUCCAGCUCUGCCGGGGCCUUCAGUGCCAGUGCCACAACUGCUUCUGCACCCAAAUCAUAUGGAAAGCUUCGUUCAUUGUUUUAGUGUUAUUUAAAAAUGUGCAUAACAACGAUGUGAUUUAUAAAACAGACUGUUUACAAGACAUAUUUUGUAUCUUAAGAUGUGUGUACUGUAAAAAAAAAAAAAGGAAAGUAUGAAAAAUGAUGUUUUUCUACAACUGUCAGCAGUGACUGUAUGUCUGUAUCAUUGUCCACCGACCAUUGUUCCUCAGGGGUCUCCCCACCAUUCCUGUGAUCCUGUCACAAGCAUUGGGAAGCAAGUGAAUCCCUGUACAGUUUUGGGAAGAAGGUUUUGUGCCUUAAGAAUGGGACCUGCUUCCCUCCUAUUUAUUUUGUUAAUUUAUACAGUGAUUACCAUGGAAAUGUCUCUUGGGUUUUUUUUGUACAUAGUUUUCUUGUUGUAAAUAUGUUUUUCUUGUAUAUAAAGUAAACAUGUUUCCGAGCUUCCAGUAAGGACUCUUUGUUACUGAUUUAAUUGUGAGAGGGCUGCUGUGCCCAUUGGGUGGGAACCAGCUAAUAAAAACCUGUGCUGUGAUUAAAUGGUUUUAUCCUGGCUUGCAUCAGAAGUUCACAACUGUUCGUUAGAGAGGAGUGAAAUGGUAAAUAUAAGUGUUGUACACUAAUUUUGUAGCAUUUUUUCUGUUGGUUUAAUUGGCAUGGAGUAGAAGACAUCAGGUGGUUUAAUUUUUUUUAGCUAUGUCUUGCAGUGAACAAAAGAUGUUUUCAAUGUGGUGCUUCUACUGGUGAGCAUCCUGAUCAGAGCUCUGCUGGCAGCAAACCCACAGCUCGAUGGGAAGGCUCUGUCAGGCUCAGCAGGGCUGUGUUGGUUACCCCUCCUCAGGUGGCUGUUCCUGGCCAAGGUGCUGCACUGCCAGGAUGGGAUGGGAGCAGUUGUUCUCCACUUGGGCCUCUGUGUGUUCUGUUUAUUGCAGGCAAUAUGUACAGUGUCUGGAAUCAGUGAAAAUGCAUUUACAAAAAUGUGGGAGAAGUGAAUUUUGAAAUGUAGAAACUGAGUACCAUAAAUGAAACCUGUAAACUUGAAACAAAAAAAUUUGGAGGUGUUUGAAUGAGCAGUCCAUAGAGUGGAUUGUGACAAGCUUUCUCUUCCAUCUCUACAGAUUGGUGUGUUCAUAAGAUGCUGACAGGAAACUUCCAGCAGAUUUAUUUAAAUUGAGAGGAUGGUUGUCAAGUUCCACAGUACUGUUGCAAAGUGGGUGGAAAUUAAGUUACAAUGGUCAUGAACAUUUUCUGUGUGAAAAGCAUCUUUGUACGUGAUAAUUGAACAGAAGUAUGGAGAGAACAGUGUAUGGAAAAGGAACAUCAUUCUAAUGUUACAUACUCUUGCAUGAUGAAACUUGUAAAAUUGAGCAUUACAAUGUUGGUUACCUGGAACCAGAAUAAGGAGAAAAAAAAAAACUACUGUGUUUACUCACACUUGCAUCAGACCCUGAGUGUCAGGCUCUGCUUUACAUGGCACUACAGAAAACAUGCGAAGAAAGUAGCAGCAGAGAAAGAUGAUAUUCUUAUUCCUCUGAUACAGGUUAAUUAAUUUUGGUUUGUUUUU